GCCGCCGUCUCCUCUGCGCCUCGGUGCCCCACACCGGGCGGGAAGGCCGCGCACACCCCGGAGUCGCCACAAAACAGCAAGGUCCCAGGCGGCCGCGCUCGGAGCCAUUCUCGCCUCGGCCGGGCCAUGAAGGUCGAGUUUGCGCCGCUCAACAUCCCGCUGGCGCGGCGGCUGCAGACCGCGGCGGUGCUGCAGUGGGUCCUGUCUUUCCUGCUGCUCGCGCAGGUGUGCCUUGGAAUCAUUGUACUUCUGAUCAUAUACAACUACUGGUUCCUCUAUAUCCCUUAUUUGACCUGGCUUUACUUUGACUGGCAAACCCCAGAGCAAGGAGGCAGGAGAUCAGACUGGGUCAGAAGCUGGACCAUUUGGAGGUACUUUAAAGACUAUUUUCCAAUUCAGCUCGUCAAAACUUGGGACUUGGAUCCAAGUCACAACUACAUAUUUGGGUUUCACCCCCAUGGAGUGCUGGUCGUUGGCGCCUUUGGAAACUUUUGUACAAAUUACUCGGAAUUCAAGGAACUGUUUCCUGGCUUUACUGCCUAUCUCCACGUGCUUCCAUUUUGGUUCCGGUGCCCUUUCUUCCGAGAAUAUCUGAUGAGUAGUGGGCCAGUCUCAGUUUCUAAGAAAAGUGUGUCCCAUGCUACGAAAGAAGGAGGUGGGAACAUUUCCGUCAUCGUGCUUGGGGCAGAAGAAUCCCUGGAUGCCCAUCCCGGAAAGUUCACUCUGUUCAUCCGCCAGCGGAAGGGAUUUGUGAAAAUGGCCUUGACCCAUGGUGCUUAUUUGGUGCCCGUGUUUUCUUUUGGUGAAAAUGAGCUGUUUAAACAAAUUAGCAACCCUGAAGGCUCCUGGCUUCGAACUGUGCAGGAGAAACUACAGAAGAUCAUGGGGUUUGCUUUGCCACUGUUCCAUGCCAGAGGAAUUUUUCAAUACAAUUUUGGCCUGAUGCCCUAUAGGAAACCCAUCCAUACUGUUGUGGGCCGCCCCAUCCCUGUUCCUCAGACCCUGCACCCAACCUCAGAGCAGAUUGAAGAGUUGCAUCAGACCUACAUGGAGGAGCUAAGGAAAUUAUUUGAGGCGCACAAAGGGAAAUACGGUAUUCCAGAGCAUGAAACUCUCAUUUUUAGAUAACUCUUCUCUUAGACGCAUACAAGAGGGCUAGAGAACAUCGCUUUGCAAGAACAAAUAAUUUAAAUAAGUUACUUUUUUCUUUGACUGUGCAAUCAGAUUUGUAACUGAGAGAUAUUUUGUAUGGUGACAGAUGUUGGUUUUUGUCUGUGGUAACUAAAAAUCCGGUGGGCGACUGUAUGGUAAAGUUGGAGAUGAUUGCAGCCUUUUCAAAAGUCUUCUUUCUGGAGGAAGAUAAAACUUGUUUUACAAGUUAAGAAAAGGUUUAUAAUUAUACAUGUGCUUUAAAAAAAUGGCAGCUUCAAAAAAGAAUUAGACUCUUUUACUAAAUAUCACAAUAAUUUAAUGUGGUUUUGCUGAGUACAACAGCUGUUGUUUAGCACAGCUGGAACAUUUACGAAACAGUAUGUAAAAUAAUUUGCCAUGUAGAGCUAGAGGCAUUUUUUUUUUUUUCCUGCUUGAACAGACCACUCGUUAGCCAGUAAUAUGACUUUAAGACUUAGUUCAUUUGGUCCUUUAGGUCAUAUCAACCAAUGCAUUUUUACACAAUAUUACAGAGGUUUUUUUUUUUUGCCAUUUUGGAAAUGGACUGAAUCUACCGUAUGGAAACCCAUGUGGAGAGGACUAUGUCUUCUCUCUUCUAAUCAUAUUUAGAAAUACUCAUCCUUGUCAUUUUCUUAGAAAUACAUUCACUUACUACAGGCAAAGAGGUCUCUUGGAGGACAUGCUUUUGACAUGUUUAAGACUUGAAAUUCCAAAAGAUUUUCACGGUAAUAGAAAUGGUUUUAAUUUUCUUCCCUUAAGGCCUCUUCCGGUAAGGUGAGCUCUGAGAGAAAGUGCCCGCUCUAGUGAGAUGUGACUGGUUCAUGGCUGACACAGGUUACAUGAUUCUCCUGGGAACCAGAACGUUAGGUCCAAGAGAGCGUGAGUCUUCCCUUCUGUUCCCUGAUGUCCCCCAGGGCCUGGGUCAGCUCGUGACGCUUGGUAGACAUGAAAUAAGUCCUUGUUUCAUGAAUGUAUUCCUAGGUGAACACAUAAGCUUUGCCAGGAGGUGAUGUGUCUUUAAAGCUAUGCUAUAGGAUGCCACCAAUUCUAGGAAAAGACCCAUUUUGAGGAGAUAACUUGCUAGGGCUGAUGGUCCCAUGCCAGUACUUGACAAUGCCGCAGGUUAGUUUCUCAGGAGCAAGUCAGAAGGAGGUUGCUGAGACUCAGUCUCUAAGCCUUAGGUAAUUAAUUAUUCAAUAAGUAAGAGAAUGUCUAGUUUCCCAAUCAUCUCCUCCAUUCUCCAUAUCUGGGGGCAACUACCUUGAGUUGUUAUAACUUAUUGGUAAUAUGUGUUAAAGCCCCUGAUUUUUAAAACAUCAAGCCAUGGGCUAGAGCCCAAAUAGGGUUUAGCAACAGUAAAACAGACUCAUGCUGGGUAAUGUCUUGAGUAGAAAAGGAUUUCACACACAAAAAAGUGAACCUUCUCAAUUGUUCCAUAUAGGACUUUUUGGCCAGCAUCCCUCUGGCUUCAUGUUGUAGAGCAGUCCAGGAGUCCAUUGACCCAUGGCCUUAAAAAGACAAAAAAAAUUUUUUUUUUUUGGUCAAAGCAGGAAAUAGGACACAUUUUGGUAGAUGUGGCUAAUUUGACUAUAAGUCCUUUGGGGUAUUACUCAAUACCAAACAAAUGUAAAAGAAGCUCCACUUACAUAAAAUUAUACCCUAGCUGGUCACAAGACAGUAUUUCAGAAGACUCUGUGGCCCAGAUAACCACAGCAACUAAAGGCCUUUAUAUAAUUAUAAAACCCAUGAUUUUCAUUCCUUUGGAGCAGUUUAUGAAAAUCUCAUGACACAGUCUUUUCGCAGUUUCGCAAAGGUAUGACUUUUAAUCUCACACUCAGUAGUGUCAGGGCCUGACUGACCACUAACUUCCACUGCAUCACCUAGAAAACAGUGAAAGCCCAUAUAGGGUAAAGCAGAGGCACUGAAAAAUGCGAAAAGUUCUGCUCUGAUGAAUUUAUCUAGAAUUUUGCCAUUACAAAAUCUAGACAUCAGCAACUUUAAUUCUUGGCCUGCACAAAAUCUUAUUUUUAAGUACGUAUUAGGGAGUUUACCUCUUCCUUUCUUAGGGUCUCCAAAGGUCUAAAUCCAGCCAGGCCAAGAAGUCCUUUCAUACAUUUUUUUCUUUUUUUUGUAUCUUCUAGGGCUGCACCCGAGGCAUAUGGUGGUUCCCAGGCUAGGGGUCUAAUCAGAGCUACAGCUGCUGGCCUUCGCCAGAGCCACAGCAACUUGGGAUCUGAACCGCAUCUGCAACCUACACCACAGCUCAUGGCAAUGCCAGAUCCUUAACCCACUGAGCGAGGCCAGGGAUUGAACCCUCAAGCUCAUGGUUCCUAGUUGGAUUUGUUAACCACUGAGCCAUGAUGGGAACUCCCUAGAAGUCCUUUCAUAAACUCAAAGCAUCAGUUCCAUAUAGUCCUACAGGUUGCAAACGAAUGUUCUGAAUUUUUGCUGCAACAUAAACGUGAGUCAUGAAUUGCAUUUAGUAGUAUAUUUUGAUGGAGCUCUCCAUUUUAAAGGUUCUCUUCUAAUCUGUAAUUGCAUAUAAAAUUUAAACAGUAAAACAAUGACACCAAAACAACAACAAAAAUAACCUCAGAACACCGGGAGAGAAGCUGGGCCGGGAGAGAAAUUGUGCAUUUAUGCUGUCGGAUUUGGACAUUUCUUUCUCCUGUGUUUCCUUUGCACACUGGGUGCAGGCUGAGUCAUUUCCUUUGUCUUGCAGCUAGAAAUCUUGAAGUUGUCUCUACCCUGCCAGGUCUAUUACACUCACAAGAAAGCUGCAGCUUUGGUGCUUGGGAAAGCCAGCCAGUUUCGCUCUGACCCACGGGGAACCAGGAUGAGGGAUGUUUUGUGAUUUAUACAAACUCUUCACCAUGACCGUGAAAACAAUCAAAGUCUGUCUACUUCAGGGACAUCUGUGACUUUAUUGUGAGUGUCGGGUUAUGUGUAAAACCCCUACUUUCCUCAAGUUACACUUCUGUCCUGGGAAGCUCAGGAAGUGGAGUCUGGAUUCAUUGUCCUUAUUUCCAUAACUUUACCUUGAUUCCAAACUACCUCACUGGUGCAGAUCACCAAGUUUGUGAUAAAUACGAAAAUAAGUGUGGGGUGUGUUAACCUCUGUCUUCUUUUCCUCUAAAAUAAGAGACAGUAUUGAUGGGCUUUGUCAUUUGGUUGGUUUUUGCCAACAGCCCAAGGUUGCUCGUUCUCACAUUUGUUUUUAAAACUAAGUGAUAAAAUAUCUAUUUGUGGGGCUGGGAGAGUUCCUUCAAAUAGAAUUUGAGUAUCUUUUUAGAGGAGAAAAACCAGGCACCUUCAAAACAACCAGCUAGUUACUCUGGUUUGUCUAGGGUAGCAAACACAGCAGCAGUUCUUGAUGCUUGAAACAAAGGGAUUUCUCUAAUGCCUUAUAUUUUAGUUAUUUUAAUGGCUCCUUCCCAAACACCUUCAGCUUGGUGCCUUACUAUCUUAUAUAAGAAGAAAGUUGAUCUCAAUCCAUAGAUCAGUCAUGGGAUGGUGAGUUCCUCCUGGCAGAAUCGCUGUCUUGUGUGAGUUUUGAUCCUGGCCCCGAGAGGAUAGACUUUCAUGCCUCUCCAUGAAUGCUUGUGGCACUAACCUGGCAGUUUGAUGGACGGUGCCAUGGAAGCCAAAUUUGAGAGUCGGAAGGGAUGUCAUAGCCUGUCAGUUAUUCCUUCUGCUGAUGAAGCGGUUGAACCCCAGUGAGGUUUAAUAUGGAUUGGAACUAACUUCGUGUUAUAGAUUAAACAGGAGGUCCUGCUCUCCCAUGACUGUUGAUUAAUCAACCAACAAUCCUCCUAUAAAGCGAAAGUAUCAAAAACAGAGUACAAUAAAAAACAACACGUAAGGCAGCAAACUCUGUAUUAUUGAGAUUGAGGCUAUUUUUCUUUCUUGAGAUCAGUACACGGCAUUGUUGAUUUUCCCUUAUGCAAGAGCUAUUUUGGGGAUACAGCCUGGGCAAAGUCCAAGAUUCCAACAACACGCUUAGCCACUGAAGCCUUAUAUAUCAGAGCAGCAGGGUAGGGCAAGGUGCCUCCUGCCUAGGGAGAGUGACAGACCUUGCCAGAGUCUUUCCUCUCAGCUGUGUUGCUAUCAUUAAUGUCACCAAAGUAACCCCACUACUCAUACAAAGGUGCAAGCAGAGCUUCUGUCACCUAUGGACAGCCCCAAGUCCAGAGACAUUCUGGAUCCAGCCUUAUUUAGUUGCAUUGUCAUAGCUGCUUUAAAAAAUUUUUUAAAAUAGCUCUUAGAUUCUGGUUAAGAAUGAUCUUAGGCUCUCUUGAGAAUAAAGAUAAAUCUUCCUUUUGUUGUAUUCCCAAGGAGUGUGUGUUUCUUUCCUAUUCCAUUUGCAGACCAACUUGGAGCCUGGUAGGAUUUCUUCUUUUUUUGUUGUUGUUGUUGGUCUUUUUAGGGUCACACAUGUAGCAUAUGGAAAUUCCCAGGCUAGGGAUCUAAUUGGAGCUGCAGCUGCCUGCCUACACCACAGCCACAGCAAUGCUGGAUCCAAGUCGCAUCUGCAACAUACUACAGCUCAUGGUGAAGCUGGAUCCUUAACCCACUGAAGGAGACCAGGGAUCGAACCUACAUCCUCAUGGAUGGGUUCAUUACUGCUGAACCAUGACAGGAACUCCUCUGGUUGGAUUUUAAACCCUCUUUUAUGGGUUGACACGACCAGAGAAAACUCCAGCCUUUUCUACUUCUCAGGCUUCUGUGUUCAAAUCAUCCUUCAGCCUCUGGACUUGCCCUAACUGGCCCAGUGACCUGGACCCAGGGGCUUCCUACGUAAAUAGAGUUAGGAGUGAACCGUCUCCAAGAUUUCUUCUGGCUCUGUCUCUAUGGUCACUGCCUGGCUUUUUCUGCCAUGGUAAUGACAUCUGGCUGGAGAUUUAUCUGGUGACUUUUCCUUUUCCUGUACCCUCCUCACUCGUGUUCCUCCAAGACAUGCAGUGAGUUCAAAUGAUUAUCUGACUUUCUUGGUAUUUUUCUAAGGAAAUAACUUACAUCUCUAAGUAAAAAUAGAAAAUUCUCCAAGAGCCUGCCUCCUUUAUAGUAUUCAAAACUAAGGAAUAACCGUUUGAUACUUGUUAACCUCUUUGUAGGAGAUGGUGGUGAAGUUUUCUGUUUUCUAUAUUGUAUGUGUGGCUGUGCACUUUUUGAAAGCUCUCGGUUUGUAAAGUUUUGACCAAUAAAUGUGUUCUGCGCCCAA